AUGACCCUCUCUCUGUCUCUGUCUCUACAACACGCCCACACUCUUUGGCUCCUCUGGCCAAUGCCUCAUCUCGGACCUCAAACGCAACAGCAGGACGAGCCAAUGUUACAGGUUAAGCACCCUUCGGCUCCAACCGGAGUCUGUGGUGCUGCGAGACGGAGGCAGCUCAAAUUUUGGGUUCCCUCUUCUCGAUCUGUAACCAGGUGUCUGGUCGUCCGUCCGUCCUUGGAGGCGGUCCGGUCCCCUCUUUCUCCGCCACAGAUUCCAAGCAGCUGGCUCAAUAACCGUCAACCUGGAUAUGCGUCGUCCGUUUUCACUAAAUCCUGA